AUGGACAAAAGCUGGAUGAAUUUGGGUGAUAGACUUGUAUCACCUGCAUAUGCUGAAGGGGUUAAAAAUUUCCUCACAAUGGCACAAAACCAUUGUGAGGAAAGUGAUCGCAUUCGGUGUCCCUGCCGUAUAUGCUGUAAUAACCACUUCUUGCCUAUAUUUGAGGUGGAGUCUCACUUGUUCAUAAAAGGGAUCAAUCCAAAUUACACUCAGUGGAUAUUUCAUGGGGAGGAGGAAACACUCCCCAUCAUUGACGACGACACCGAUCCCGGGGUUGGAGUUGAAGAGAAGUACAUUGAUGACAUGGACCGUAUGUUAGAUGACAUCCGAGCAGGCACAUUCGGAGAUGCACCUGAAGACAACACUACAUCGUCAACUCAGCCAUCAAUACCACAUCCCUCCCCAAACUCAACUUUUGACCAACUAUUACAGGAUGCUCGACGUCCUCUUUUCGACGGCUGCACUAAAUUCUCAAAGCUCUCAUUCGUUGUGAAGUUGUUACAUAUUAAAACGCUUGGUGGGUGGUCAAUCAAGUCUUUUGAUAUGCUCAUAAGCCUUCUGCGGUCUACCUUUCCUGAUGCUAAAUUGCCUAGUUCAUAUGAGGAGGCAAGGUCAUUGGAGCGAGGGUUGGAUUUCAAGUACCACAAAAUACACGCAUGCCCAAACGACUGCAUUUUAUUCUGGAAGGAAUAUGCUGAUCUUAACGAGUGCCCUAUAUGUAAGGCUUCGCGUUGGAUGCCAAAUACACAUGGGUCACGAGUGAUCCCACAAAAAGUGCUUCGGCAUUUUCCUUUGAAGCCAAGAUUGCAGCGUCUCUUUGUGACAGACAAGAUUGCGUGUGAUAUGAGAUGGCAUAAAGAGCAGCGGGUACCCGAUGAGACUAGUAUGAGACAUCCUGCUAACUCUCAGUCCUGGAAGACAUUUGAUCAAGCCCAUUGUUGGUUUGCUAGGGAUGCUCGCAGUGUUAGGCUCGGUCUGGCAAGCGACGGCUUCAAUCCCUUCAACAACCUAGCAAAACCGUAUAGCAUUUGGCCAGUGAUUCUUGUCCCGUAUAACUUGCCGCCGUGGUUAUGCAUGAAAGACCAGUUCUUCAUGACAUCACUCAUUAUCCCUGGUCCAAAAUCACCAGGGAAUGACAUUGAUGUGUAUUUGCAGCCGUUAAUUGAUGAGUUGCUUGAACUCUGGGAACAUGGGGUACCUACAUAUGAUGCUUCUACAAAGGAAAUGUUCAUGUUGCAUGCUGCCUUAUUGUGGACAAUUAAUGAUUUCCCUGCAUAUGGAAAUCUUUCUGGGUGGUCAACAAAAGGGAAAUUGGCAUGUCCCUCUUGCAAUGCAAGCACAGAUUCUAUUUGGUUGAAGUAUGGUAGAAAACAGUGUUAUAUGGGACAUCGACGUCUCUUACCGGCAGGUCACAUUUGGAGGACGAGGAAAAGGUUGUUCAACGGUAAAGAAGAUUAUCGCAUGCCACCAAAUUGGGUUGAAGGAGCAGGUCUCUUAACUCAACUACAAAUGCUUGGAGAUGUCCAAUUUGGAAAAUCUUGUGGGAAGAGAAAACGCCCUGCAGAACAGUUGAACUGGACAAAGAAAAGCAUAUUCUUCAAACUACCUUAUUGGUCAAUGUUGCGGCUUCGACAUAAUCUAGAUGUUAUGCAUGUUGAGAAGAACAUUUUCGAUAACUUAUUGGGCACUUUAAUGGACAUUCCUGGCAAAACAAAAGAUAAUAUAAAUUCUCGGCGUGACUUGGAGAACUUGGGCUUCAGAAAAGAAUUGCAUCUCAAGUCUGAAGGUGGACGUGUUACAAUGCCACGUGCAUUGUACACAUUACAUGGAGAUGAAAGGAAUAAAUUCUGUGAGUGGCUCGCUGGGGUUAAAUUUUCAGAUGAGUUUGCCUCCAAUGUCACACAUUGCGUAUCUGUACGUGAUUGCAAAAUCACUGGCCUCAAAAGCCAUGACCAUCAUGUUUUCUUGCAACGAUUGCUUCCUAUUGUUGUUGGGGGGUUCUUAAGGAGUGAUAUUGCAUUGGCAUUGACUGAACUUAGCAGUUUCUUCAAAGAGUUGUGCGCCCGAAACCUGGAUGUGAAUCGCUUAUCCUAG